AUGGUGUUUGACAAAGUUAAGGGAAUAGAAGGUACAGUGUGCAGUAACGCUUGGGAUGAUCGAGAUGCCGAAGUUGUUUGUCGGUAUCUUGGUCUAGGUAGUCCAGCUGUGGCGGAAACUCUGCCAAGGGACUUUGGCUUCAACAGGACAGCGUUUGGUAUACAUUGUCUUGGCAACGAGACUGAUAUUUCGCAAUGUAUUGCCGAUACGUACGAUGUAACUAUGGGAGCAUGUGACCAAAUGGACGAUGCCGUUGUCAAAUGUGGAACGAUUCGAAACGGAUCAAUAUUUUCGCCUUCUGUUAGUACUGCAAGCGUCGUUUCAUCUACACCUAAAUCGAUUUCUUCUAUUAGUACUAGUUCUACUCAACAUCCAAGCACAUCGUUGUCGUCUUUAAGUUCUACAAUAUCACCGAAGGUGAUAGCGUCCUCUUCUUAUUCUAUUACCCCUGUUUCUACUUCGUCAACAAGUGAAAUAACUUCAUCGUCUCCUGCUAAAGCCACUGGUUCUAUUACACCACCGAGUGGAUUGUCUUCCUCGUCUUCUCUAAAUACUACUACUCUGUCACCGAAUGGAGCAACAUCUUUGCCUUCUGCUAUAACUGCCAGUUCAACUUCAUUAUCACAUGGAAUAACGUCUACACCUGCUAGUUCAAGUAAUAUUACCCUAUCACCUAGUCGGACAAGUUCCUCGCCUUCUGGAAGUACUGCCAGUUCUACUCCAUCUAUUUCAUCACCGAGUGGAGUUACUUCCCUUCCGUCUGGAAAUACUGCUGGUUCUACUUCAUCACAGAGUGGAGUACGUUCCUCGCCUUCUGCUAUUACUGCCAAUUCCACUUCAUCGCAAGGUGGAAUUACUUCCCUUCCGUCUGGAAGUACUACUGGUUCUGCUUCAUCACCGAGCGGAAUAACUACCUCCCCCUCCGCUAGUUCAAGCGGUUCUUCUCCAUCCCCAAGUGGAAUACGUUCCUCGCCUUCUGCUAUUACUUCCAAUUCCAAUUCAUCGCAAGGUGGAAUUACUUCCCUUUCGUCUGGAAGUACUGCUGGUUCUACUUCAUCACAGAAUGGAAUAACGUCUACACCUGCUAGUUCAAGCAGUUCUACUGCAUCACCUAGUCGGGCAAGUUCCUCGCCUUCUGGAAGAACUGUCAGUUCUUCUCCAUCUCAGACUGGACUGAUGUCUUCGCCUUCUUCUAGAACUGUCGGUUCUACACCAUCGCCGAACGGAAUAACGUCUACACCUGCUAGUUCAAGUAAUAUUACCCUAUCACCUAGUGGUGUGAGCUCCUCGCCUUCUGGAAGUACUGCCAGUUCUUCGCCAUCUCAGAGUAGAUUGCCGUCUUCACCUUCUUCUAGAACUCUCGGUUCUACUUCAUCACCGAGCGGAAUAAUUACCUCCCCCUCCGCUAGUUCAAGCGGUUCUUCUCCAUCCCCAAGUGGAAUACAUUCCUCGCCUUCUGCUAUUACUUCCAAUUCCACUUCAUCGCAAGGUGGAAUUACUUCCCUUAAGUCUGGAAGUACUACUGGUUCUGCUUCAUCACAGAGUGGAAUAACGUCUACACCUGUUAGUUCAAGCAAUUUUACUUCAUCACCUAGUCGGACAAGUUCCUCGCUUUCUGGAAGUACUGUCAGUUCUUCUACAUCUCAGAGUGGACUACAUUCUUCGCCUUCUUCUAGAAUUGUCGGUUCUACACCAUCGCCGAACGGAAUAACGUCUACACCUGUUAGUUCAAGCAGUUUUACCUCAUCACCUAGUCGGGUGAAUUCCUCGCCUUCUGGAAGUACUGCCAGUUCUUCUCCAUCUCAGAGUGGAUUAACGUCUUCGCCUUCUUCUAGAACUGUAGGUUCUACUUCAUCACCGAGUGGAGUACGUUCCUCGCCUUCUGCUAUUAAUUCCAAUUCCACUUCAUCACAAGGUGGAAUUACUUCCCUUCCGUCUGGAAGUACAAUUGGUCCUGCUUCAUCACAGAGUGGAAUAACGUCUACACCUGCUAGUUCAAGCAGUUCUACUUUAUCACCUAGUCGGGUGAGUUCCUCGCCUUCUGGAAGUAUUGUCAGUUCUUCUACAUCUCAGAGUGGCCUAACUUCUUCGCCUUCGUCUAGAACUGUCGGUUCUACACCAUCGCCGAACGGAAUAACUUCUACACCUGCUAGUUCAAGCAGUUUUACUUCAUUACCUAGUCGGGUGAGUUCCUCGCCUUCUGGAAGUACUGCCAGUUCUUCUCCAUCUCAGAAUGGCCUAACUUCUUCGCCUUCUUCUAGAACUGUCGGUUCUACACCAUCGCCGAACGGAAUAACUUCUACAACUGCUAGUUCAAGCAAUAUUACACCAUCACCUAGUCAGGUGAGUUACUCGCCUUUUGGAAAUACUGCCAGUUCUUCUCCAUCUCAGAGUGGAUUAACGUCUUCACCUUCUUCUAGAACUGUAGUUUCUACUUCAUCACCGAGUGGAAUAACUCCCUCCCCUUCUGGUAUUACUGCCAAUUCCACUUCAUCGCAAGGUGGAAUUACUUCCCUUCCGUCUGGAAAUACUGCUGGUUCUACUUCAUCACCGAGUGGAAUACGUUCCUCGUCUUCUGCUAUUACUUCCAAUUCCACUUCAUCGCAAGGUGGAAUUACUUCCCUUUCGUCUGGAAGUACUGCUGGUUCUACUUCAUCACAGAAUGGAAUAACGUCUACACCUGCUAGUUCAAGCAGUUCUACUGCAUCACCUAGUCGGGCAAGUUCCUCGCCUUCUGGAAGAACUGUCAGUUCUUCUCCAUCUCGGACUGGACUAAUGUCUUCGCCUUCUUCUAGAACUGUCGGGUCUACACCAUCGCCGAACGGAAUAACGUCUACACCUGCUAGUUCAAGCAAUAUUACCCUAUCACCUAGUGGUGUGAGUUCCUCGCCUUCUGGAAGUACUGCCAGUUCUUCGCCAUCUCAGAGUAGAUUGCCGUCUUCACCUUCUUCUAGAACUCUCGGUUCUACUUCAUCACCGAGCGGAAUAACUACCCCCCUUUCCGCUAGUUCAAGCGGUUCCUCUCCAUCCCCAAGUGGAAUACAUUCCUCGCCUUCUGCUAUUACUUCCAAUUCCACUUCAUCGCAAGGUGGAAUUACUUCCCUUAAGUCUGGAAGUACUACUGGUUCUGCUUCAUCACAGAGUGGAAUAACGUCUACACCUGUUAGUUCAAGCAAUUUUACUUCAUCACCUAGUCGGACAAGUUCCUCGCUUUCUGGAAGUACUGUCAGUUCUUUUACAUCUCAGAGUGGACUACAUUCUUCGCCUUCUUCUAGAAUUGUCGGUUCUACACCACCGCCGAACGGAAUAACGUCUACACCUGCUAGUUCAAGCAGUUUUACCUCAUCACCUAGUCGGGUGAAUUCCUCGCCUUCUGGAAGUACUGCCAGUUCUUCUCCAUCUCAGAGUGGAUUAACGUCUUCGCCUUCUUCUAGAACUGUAGGUUCUACUUCGUCCCCGAGUGGAGUACGUUCCUCGCCUUCUGCUAUUAAUUCCAAUUCCACUUCAUCACAAGGUGGAAUUACUUCCCUUCCGUCUGGAAGUACAAUUGGUCCUGCUUCAUCACAGAGUGGAAUAACGUCUACACCCGCUAGUUCAAGCAGUUCUACUUUAUCACCUAGUCGGGUGAGUUCCUCGCCUUCUGGAAGUACUGCCAGUUCUUCUCCAUCUCAGAGUGGCCUAACGUCUUCGCCUUCUUCUAGAACUGUCGGUUCUACACCAUCGCCGAACGGAAUAACUUCUACACCUGCUAGUUCAAGCAAUAUUACUCCAUCACCUAGUCAGGUGAGUUACUCGCCUUCUGGAAGUACUGCCAGUUCUUCUCCAUCUCAGAGUGGAUUACCGUCUUCGCCUUCUUCUAGAACUGUCGGUUCUACACCAUUGCCGAACAGAAUAACUUCUACACCUGCUAGUUCAAGCAGUUUUACUUCAUUACCUAGUCAGGUGAGUUACUCGCCUUCUGGAAGUACUGCCAGUUCUUCUCCAUCUCAGAGUGGAUUACCGUCUUCGCCUUCUUCUAGAACUGUAGGUUCUACUUCAUCACCGAGUGGAGUACGUUCCUCGCCUUCUGCUAUUAAUUCCAAUUCCACUUCAUCACAAGGUGGAAUUACUUCCCUUCCGUCUGGAAGUACUAUUGGUCCUGCUUCAUCACAGAGUGGAAUAACGUCUACACCUGCUAGUUCAAGCAGUUCUACUUUAUCACCUAGUCGGGUGAGUUCCUCGCCUUCUGGAAGUACUACCAGUUCUUCUCCAUCUCAGAAUGGCCUAACUUCUUCGCCUUCUUCUAGAACUGUCGGUUCUACACCAUUGCCGAACGGAAUAACUUCUACACCUGCUAGUUCAAGCAGUUUUACUUCAUUACCUAGUCAGGUGAGUUACUCGCCUUCUGGAAGUACUGCCAGUUCUUCUCCAUCUCAGAGUGGAUUACCGUCUUCGCCUUCUUCUAGAACUGUAGGUUCUACUUCAUCACCGAGUGGAGUACGUUCCUCGCCUUCUGCUAUUAAUUCCAAUUCCACUUCAUCACAAGGUGGAAUUACUUCCCUUCCGUCUGGAAGUACUACUGGUUCUGCUUCAUCACAGAGUGGACUAAUUUCUUCACCUACUUCUAGAACUGUCGGUUCUACUCCAUCGCCGAAUGGAAUAACUUCUACACCUACUAGUUCAGGCAGUUUUACUUCAUCAUCUAGUCGGAUAAGUUCCUCGCCUGCUGGAAGUACUGCCAGUUCUUCUCCAUCGUCGAAUGCAAUAAGUUCGUCACAUUCCUCCCCAUCUGCUAGUACUUAUGUUUCUACUUCAUUUCAAAAUGGAAUGACUUCCUCGUCCUCUGCUAAUACUGCCAGUGUUUCCUUGACGACCAGCAGAACGACAAGAAUUUCUCAAACCACAAUGAACUAUUCCAUGCUCUUUUCUCUCAAUACCGAUAACAGAGUCAUGGUUCAUGAUUUAAGAAAUGGGCAUGUAGGAACAUUAUGUAGUUUUACUUGGGACGACAAAGAAGCCGCAGUUAUGUGCCAACACCUUGGCUUACCUACCCCUGCCGUGGCUUUUGUACUGCCACAAGAUCAGAAUUUCAGUAGAAGUUUGUGGGCAGUCAACUGUUCGGGGAAUGAGCUUGAUGUCUUUGACUGCGAAUUAGCCACAUCUGAUAUCUCAAACGGAAUGUGUGGCAACCUCGGCGAUGCAGCUUUAUAUUGUGGACUCAAGGGUAACACUUCGAUUGAAGUAUCCCUUGAUGUCAGCGGUCGUGUGAUGAUUCAUGAUAACGCUACUGGUGAGACGGGAACACUGUGCAGCAAAACUUGGGACCAAAGGGACGCUGAAGUAAUUUGCUCACACCUCGGAUAUGUCGGCUCAUCUGUCGUGAAAACUUUACCAAGGGACAACAUUUACAACAGGACCGUAUUUGGUAUACAUUGCGCUGGAAAUGAAACAAACAUCAAUCAUUGUUUACUCGAACUAAGUGGCGUAGGCACGUGUGACUCUAUGGCAGAUGCUGCUUUACAAUGCGGAAACGGAACAAAUAACGUGACACCAAACUCAAGUCUUACUUCUACAAGUAAGACUUCAAGUGUUUCUCAGACGUCCACUAUCACCGCUAUACCCCUAGUGACUUCAUCAGGUCCUGCCGGUCCGUCUUCUAGCACACCAACAACAACUGGGACGCCGUCAACUUCAAUACAGCAUACCAUGUCAUCGAUAAGAAACACAUCACCACAAACAGUGGCAAUGACAACGGUAACGACUGGAUCCAGACAGACAAGUGGUACGACGAGGACCGCAACUUCAUCGGCUAUUAGGCAAGGUACAGCUACUUCAAGAACGACAACAGGGAAAUCAGCUACUGCUUCAGCAAUAACCAUACGGCAGACAGCUUCAACUUCAAGCAUAUCAUCAAGCCAGACGGCGACAAAUACUUCAACGGCAAUUACAAAUCAGGCAACGUCUAGUUCAACAGCAACGACACAACCUACUGUGAUCACAUCGACGUCACUUCCGCCCUCUCAGACGACAGCAGGGACUCAGACCAGCACUACCACAGACACAAAUUGUGUUUCUGGUUCCGGGUUUUGUAUGUUUAAUGCCGAUUCCCUGGGAUCCGGAGUGGCGUCCUUGCAUACUCCAUGGGCCUCAGUGAUCCUGUCUGUCCUGUUUGUCUUCAUAAGCCUGUUCCUGAGUAAAUAA